CGCUGCUGUGCGAUCCCGUUUGCUCGCCGUGCGUUUAUUUCCGCGUUCCGAUCAGCACAAGGACAAAUUCUGUUUGAUAAUCCAGUCGUUUGUUUGUCAGUGGGUUUGAGUCAUGGCGCGACUGCUGCUCAGAGGCAGUUUGAGAGGAUAUUUCACCUCGCCGCUGCGGAUGGGAUCCGAUCAGCUGGGUGAGCUGGGUAAAGGUGCAGGUAAAGGCGGAGGAGCGGGCGGUUCGGUGAGGGAGGCCGGAGGAGCGUUUGGGAAGAGGGAGGCUGCAGAGGAGGAGCGCUACUUCAGGCAGAAGGAGAGGGAGCAGCUGGCGGCUCUGAAGAAACAUCAUGAAGAAGAAAUCGACCACCACAAGAAGGAGAUCGAGCGUCUGCAGAAAGAGAUCGACAGACACAAGGGCAAGAUACGGAAACUCAAACACGACGACUAAAGCUCUGCCGUCCCCGUCAGCAUCAUAUUUCACAUCUUGUGCCUGAGAGCCCGUCUCUCUCUCUCUCUGUAACCGCCAUCAUUUGCAUGAUUUGAUGAUUUAGGAAUAAACCAAUGAUGAAUAAACAGUUUGAAAUGGUUUAA